AUCCCAUAAAAGCCAUAGUUUGGACCAGAAACCAAGACACAACACACCCACCAGCCAUGUCGACCAAGUGGCUGAUUCUAUGCGCCCUGGUGGCACUCCUCAGCAUCGGUUCCGAGACCUGGGCCAAGCCCGGCAGACGCACUAUCCAGGCCAGGCCUGAUCCUGAACAGGUGCAGCGACUGAAUGCCCGCUACUAUGCCCAGGAUGAUGAGGACGGCGAUGAUAUCCUGGAGCACGAAGAGGACUUGGCCGAUGACAACGAGGAGGAUGACGACGAGGAAGCGGAGGACGCUGAGGACGCUGAGGACGCUGAGGAGAGGGAAGAGGACCUGCACGAGGAGAAGCCCAAGGAACAGACUUUAACCAACAAACAGUUGUCCAUAAAAACGGAAACAGUUCCCCUCAAAAAGGAGCACCGGGAGGUCCAGGCCGAGGACAACGAGGACGAUCUCCAAAAUCUCGACUAUGACGAGGACGAGAACGAAGCUCUGGCCGGGGGCAUUGACUUCAAAUUGAACGAGGGCCGUAACAAUCGACGGGGAGCCGGCAGACGUGGAGGCAAGGGCGGUCGCAAGGGGCGUGGCAGGCGGAACCGAAGGCGUGGCAAUCGUCGUUGCGGCGGUCGUGGCAAGCGCGGGCGAGGCGGCCAAAAGCGGCGCACUCCGUCAAAACGCAACGGUAACAAGCGAAAGACGGCUAACAAGCGGAAAACGGCUAACAAGCGACAGGGUCAAAAGCGUAAGGCCAACAAUACCAACAACAACAAGCAGACUGGAGCACCUUCCACAAAAGUUGCUUAAAGGCCAGAAAGACUAGGAAGACUUUUCCCCAAAUUAGAAUACAAACUUUAUAAAAAUAAAAAAACAAAAAUCAUAAUCUUUAAAAA